UCAUGAGAGGUGGUGGCCACACCAAUUGGAUCAUGGUGAUGGCUUUGGCAUUGAUCAUGUAUUGGGCCAGUGCAAAGGACAUAGAAAAUCACUGCUUGCCUGGAGGGAAACAUAAAGCCAAUCCAAGCCCAGAAGGACAGUUGGGUGUCUGCCAGAUUUAUGCAGAGAAUGCCUGUUGCUCACCAGAAGUUGCCCAGGAACUUUCCAAAGCCAAUGCCAGAUCCUGGAAUCAUUGUGGGAGCCUCAGCAUCAGAUGUGAGGAGUACCUUCGGCAACUGGAUUGUUUCUACCACUGCUCCCCCACUGCUGCUCAAUGGCCUCAUCCUCAACAACCCACAGCCCUGCUGGCUGUGCCCCUUUGCCAGAGUUUCUGUGACCAGUGGUACAAUGCUUGCAGAGAAGAUCUGACCUGCCCUGGUAACUGGCACUGGGGAGCUGAUAGACAUAACUGCAGUCAGGAACGUCACUCUUAUGGCCAGAUGUACAGGGAUGGGAAGGAGCUGUGUGAGAACAUCUGGGAUGAUGCUUUCACAGUCAGCACUGACCCCUGCCAGUGCCUGAUGCUGGGUGCCUCUGACACAGUCUUCUCCGCCUCUUAUUCUCACCUCAAAGAGAGCAACGGCCUGAAAGAGGCAGACAUCAACAAGGAAGGCGAGGAAAGAAAAGGCCAUGGGAGCCCUUGCACAGGCAACCUUUUGCUCCAGCGCCUGAAAAGGAAUCUGCGGAAACGUUCUAUUUUUGUGGAAGACAUGGAGGGAAGUGGAAGUGGAUUCUAAUCCAAGGUAGCCAUUCCUUCCAGAAGAAAAAGCCCCCUCUCCAGUGAUUGCCUGGGGCUUGGGGGGAUCGCUUGUGAUCUAUGCAAUUCGGUUACAUCCCAUACUACCAGCUUCCUGCCAUCUUGUACAACUCUGUGCAUCUCAUGGCAUAGGCUGUGAAUCUGGCACCUUCCAGGGCUCUGAGCCCUAUGCCCUAGCAGUAGAGUUUAGACCAUGAUGGCACCUCAUCUCUUAGGAACUUGCCUAUAAUCAAGGUUUUCCUUGAACGCUCAGAGUAGAAAAGGCGCUAGAGAACAGUAAGCAUUUCCCUCUCCAUAUUCUUUGUGUCCUAAGAGCUGGCCCAAGGAAGAAUCAUUAUAGAAGGCAAAAGGCAAGAGCAACCUUCAUAGGCAUUGGCUGAAGGAAAAUAUUUGAAGGGAAAAGAACAAACAAGGCAGGGGGGAAGUGAAAUAAUCAAUGCUGGAAAAGUUAGCCUCAGUUGUUGCCAUGGUUUCAAAUACAAUUGUAAAUAGGAUUCAUGUAAAAUGGAAGGAUGUUCCUGAGCAUAAAAUGAAAAGGGGAAAAUAGGGAAGAGCACUAUCCAUAAGGUUAGAUUAGAAACCAGCAUGGCAGCGUUUACUGUUGCGAUUAUAUGCUGGAAAGCAACGGUUAUUAGGAGACCAUCACUGCUAGGUUACUAAACUGGCUUACACCCAGAAUUGAAUUUAUUUUUCAAAGCAACCCCAUCUGAGGGGGGGUGGGAAGAGAGAGGUUGUGCAAAAGAACAUUAAUAGUAAACAAUCCAUAUAUCAAGGAAAAAGUUACACAUAGCAUCCAAACAGAAGUGGUCAAUGUAGAUAUAUGCCAGUCAGAAAAGCAUCUAAUCAGUGGUGGCAGUGAGACUCCAAGUGUUGGCAUGUUUUUGCCCAUCACAUCUUUACAUAGUGCUCCUUGAAUUUCACCCAACCAACUCAUCUUCUCCACUCUAAACACUAUACAAAUCCCCUUUAUAAUAUUGUACACCCAAAACAGACCCACUUCCUUUCAUCUAUCCAUCCUUAUUUAUUCAGCUGCAUUUCACACUCUUGUUUGUUUACCUUGGCUACGCUUACUGCAAAUUUCACAUUAUGGAUUGGUUCAAACCUAAUAAUAUUGUGGGGAAAUUAAAAAAAUGGAGUGUGCAUGUUUGUGUUGUAUUAUGAGAAUAUGUAAAGAAAUCAGUAUAGAGGACUGGAUCUUAGUGAUUAUUCACUAGCAAGAAUGCAAGUGUGCAGCUCUGAGAAGAAUCUCUGUCCAAUUGAUCAUACACUAGAUAAAAAAGGAGUGGUAAUAUCAUGAAACUUUGCCAAUACUCUCCUGGUGCAAAGGCUUAUGGGAUACCAGGCAUUUCUGGAGAAAUUGUAUAUUCUACAUUCCCAAAAAGGUGUACGUACUACUGGAACCACAGAUAAGAUCUGACCAGGGAAACAGCCAACUGGGCUAAGUGUGUAAUGACAGUAUGGCCAAUGGCAAAUUAAACAGAAAUGAGGUAAAUUUCUAUUCAUAGUUCAAAAUACUCCUUUCUGAUGAUUCACACAUCAUAAACCAGUUUACAAAAUACGGUGGCUGUGGUCACACAAUGCAUGAAGGCAUACUGCCAUUUGGGCAGUUGGCAUUGUAGUAAAAACAUUAUUUUUUGAAAUGACACACAGGGUCUUUAUGUAAAUAAUGGUCUUUCUCCCACUAUUCCACUUGAUAACAAUUAGAAACCAGAGGCCAUCCAGAUGUUGCUGAAUUACAACUCCCAGUGUAUCUCAUCAUUAUCAAUGUUACCUGGAGCUGCUGGGAAUUAGAGUUCAACAGCAUCUGAAGGACCACAAACUAUCUAUUUAUGGACUACACUAACCUUUCAGGAUUGGAUUAUGUAAGCCUGAAAUAGGAUUGUUAUGUCCUACUGAACAGGUCAUGUUCUAUCACUGCCAAGGAGUGAUACCACAAAAAUGACUUAGCCUCUGCGCAAAGGGAAGGGAGAUGGAAAGCCUGGAAAUUCAUUUAGACAGAUGAGAAGGGAGGAUGGAUAUUCAAAAGCAAGUACACUAAUAUUCACCUACUUCAAAAGAGGCUUGGUAGAGAAGCAGAUCUUGGAAGCUCUUGAAGAGAAAUGAAAGUAGCUUGAGCAAAGGUGGGGGUCUUACAAACAGAAAGAAACAUGUCAGGCUUGCAGACAGGAAAAAGGAGAUGAGGAACUGAAGUAGAAAAGCAUGUGCAAACUUGGAACAUAAAAUGGGAUCAUAUACAUCAAAGGAGU